UAUUUCUAUAGUCACGACUGUCAUUGUGCUCGUGUUAGUGGCUAUAUACUGUAUACAGCCAAAUGACCAUUGCAUAAAAUAUUAUAAAUACCAAACAUAAUAAUUUGUUAUUACUGAUGCUGCAGUUUUUGUAUUUCAGUACGACCGGCGAAGUGACAUAAGCCUAACAUGGCUACUGUUAAAGUAACCGAACAGAAGGUUAUUCUGUGCGGAGAAUACGGUGUUGGAAAGACUUCUAUAUUUAGACGUUUUGCGAACAAUACUUUUGUAACGAGCAGCGAUCGCAAGUCGACAUUGGGUCUCGAUAAUAUCGAUAAAGAAUAUGUUGUUGAAGACAGACGAAUACGAUUACAAUUAUGGGAUACAGGUGGAAUGGAAAGAGUUGCAUCAGUAACAUCAAGCUAUUAUAAAUUUGCAGAAGCUGCUAUACUAGUUUUCGCAUUAGAUAAUUCAACAUCUUUCCAUCUUUUAUCUCAACAUUUGCUUGAUAUUGUCACAUAUGCUGAAAAUGCAAAAAUAUUUCUGUGUGGGAAUAAAAGUGAUUUGGAAAGCACAGCUCCACAAGUUACAGAUGCAGAAAUGGAACAAUUUUGUGAACAAUGUCACAAUUUAAUUUCUGGUAUAUAUAAGACAUCAUGUAAGACUGGAGAAGGCAUACAUGAAAUGUUUGAAGAUAUAGCACAGCAUUUAGUGGAAGCUAAUAGAUCACGCAUGGAACUGCAUGAAAUGGACAAAGACAGAUUUAAAAUUUCGUAUAUUGAUGAAGCUGCUGAUCCAUCAUGUUUGUGCUAAAUAAUAAAUAUUAGCAAGUGUAUGAUCCUGGAGCAACAUUUUUUAUAACUAGAAUAACUCAAUACACGGUAAUAAAGUGUGAAGAGUAAAAUUACUUUUUUAUAUCAAAUAAUGAUAAUGCCAAGCUUUUCUAUAAGGGAAAGCAUCCUAAAAUAAAAAAUGGGAGGAGUAAGGGAAGUAUUAGAAGAAUUUAUAUACAAUCAAAGUUCAAUUUCAAAGAAGUCAUGAAAGCAAAAAAUUUUAAAUAAACAUUUAUUAGAUAUUGAAAGAUAUUUUACUUAAUUAGUCUUAAUCUAUGUAUAUGACUCACAGUCAACAUUGUACAUUAGAUCCACAUAGUUGAAGCUGUGUAACAAAGCAUCACUAAUGCUGAGUCCAUUUAAUAGUUUUCAAAUCAAUUCCUUCUUCGACCAUCUCCCAUAAUGGGCUACAAAAUAAGCAAUUCAAAUAUGUAUUAUUAAGUAUGUAUAACAACUAAUAUUUAAGGCCAUAUAUUCUUAAUUAUGAGAAACGUCCAGUAAUAAAUUUGUUCCCUCCGUUAUA